GAGAGCGAUAUAAAGAGAGAGAGAGAGAGAGAGCGAGCGAGAGCAUUAGAGUCAAACAAUUAGAAAUUAAUUUCAACAGAGCUUGAAAGCAAUUGCGACAAUCGUAUGUGAGUGAGAGAUUACACGGGUGUAUCAAGCAAAUAUAUAGCCUACCGGAAACACUUCGAUUCACGAAAAGCCAGUCCAGCUACAGCUAAGCUACCUGCGCUCAACCAGAGCGCCAAGGCCAACGACCACGUCAGUGCAACCGCCGUCAUGUGGAUAACACUCACUUAUUUGGUCGUCAUCGUAGCCCAGCUUUGUGCCUUGGUCCACGCCGCUGGUGAAGCUGAUUACACACUCGAUGAUUCGUUUUGGAACGAAGAAAGUCCAGUUGGUGAAGUGGAACGCUUGCUCAAAGAGUAUAGACAAAAUCAGGAGCUUGUGCGUCGUAUUGGAGGACAUUAUUAUCAAAUUAUCUAUCCGGUACAGCUGCGUCAUCACGAAAAGAUGGGAAUCUCCACACGUGAAGUUAGCCCUCCAAAGCCGGGCCAGCGACCACGCCCACACGACGACAGCGGCUUCAGCAGAGGCAGGACAAAGAAACAUUUUCAUCGCACCUCAUUGCUGAUCAAGGCAUUUAAUCACAAAUUCCGAUUGGAUUUGGAAUUGAACUCUCAACUACUUUCACCCAACAUACAGCAGAAGCACUAUCACGUCAGUGGAUAUCAGGUUGAUGGCAAUCGACAUGACAUCGAGCAUUGUUAUUACCAUGGCACAGUGAAGGAUUAUCCGGGCGCCAGCGCUGCCUUUCAUACGUGCAACGGUGUCAGCGGCGUAAUACACAUCGGCAACGAGACCUUUGUCAUUCAUCCGUUCUACGGCGGCGAUCUAUCGAAACAUCCGCAUGUGAUUUUUGAGGCGCGCACUAAAGCGAACAAAGGCUGUGCCAAUUCGGGAAAUUUGGACUCGUGGCGCUUAUCGCGCCGCACCAAGCACCUGUCCGCUGGCGUUGUUGAUGAGAUUCAUCCCAAUGGGGCCGGGCGCUAUAAGCGCGAUGUGCGCGAGGCGACCAAAUAUAUUGAGACGGCCAUCAUAGUGGAUAAGGCCAUGUUUGAGAAGCGCAACGGCAGCACGCGCGCCGAGGUCAUACACGAUGCUAUACAGGUGGCUAAUAUAGCUGAUUUGUAUUUCCGUACGCUAAACACUCGUGUGUCGGUGGUGUACAUCGAGACGUGGGGCAAGAACCAAGCGGUCAUUGAUGGCAGCAAGGACAUUAGCAAGGCCAUAUCCAACUUUAAUGACUAUACGGUUAGAAAUAUAUACCAAAUUGAGCGAGAUACCACCCAGCUGUUAUCAGGGGAAACAUUUGCCGGAGGCGAGGCUGGCAUGGCCGUGCCGGAGACUGUCUGCACGCCCCGUGCCGUCGGCAUUAGCGUCGAUGUGAAUGUGUAUGAGCCGCACCUUUUGGCGGGCACAAUGGCCCACAUGAUUGGGCACAAUAUUGGCAUGGGCCACGACGAUGGACGUGAGGAAUGCUUCUGUCGGGACUGGCAUGGCUGCAUUAUGGCACAAUCGAUUGUCGGCCAAGAGAAUGUGCAGCCAUACAAAUUCUCUGAAUGCAGCAAAAAGGACUACAUUGACGCAUUGCGAACGGGUCACGGGCUUUGUUUGCUCAACAAGCCAAACGAGAUUGAGUUGCGCCGAAACUGUGGCAACAAAAUCAUCGAGGAGGACGAGGAGUGCGACUGCGGCACAUUUGAGGAAUGCGCAUUGGAUCCCUGCUGCGAUAGCAUCACAUGCAAGCUCAAGUCCGAGGCACAGUGCGCCAGCGGUGCCUGCUGUGACCAAUGCCGGCUGCGACCCAAGGACUACAUAUGCCGUGACUCCCACAACGAGUGCGAUCUGCCCGAAUACUGCGACGGCGAGAUGGGACAAUGUCCGGCGGAUAUCUACAAGAAGAAUGGCUCGCCCUGUGGACUGAGCAAAUCGGGCGUAUCGGGCUAUUGCUUCCAGGGCUACUGCCCCACCCUGACACUGCAGUGCGAGGCCAUUUGGGGCUACGGCGGCUUUGCGGCUGAUCGGCAGUGCUACGAACAGUUCAACUCGAAGGGCUCCAUCAAUGGGCACUGCGGACGCGAUGCCAACGAUCACUACAUCAAAUGCGAUCCUGAGAAUGUGCAGUGCGGCACGCUUCAGUGCAAGGAGGGCGAGAGGCAGCCCGUCAAUGAUGGCUUCGACCAGCUCUACUCGCGCACGAUUAUCUCCAUCAAGGCGCAGGAAUACGAAUGCAAGGCAACCAGCGGUCAAUUGGGCUCCAACAACUACCCGAAGCAUGGGCUGGUCAAGGAUGGCACGCCAUGCGGUGAAAAUUUGAUUUGUCUGAAUCAAACGUGCGUCAGCCUCUUUCCGCAUGUGGAUCAAACCAAGUGCCCAACAAACAAGCAGGGUCAAGAGUGCUCAGAUCGUGGUUUCUGCACAAAUGUGAAUCGCUGCUUCUGCGAUAUGGGCUGGGGCGGCCCGGACUGCAGCACGGUUGUGCUGCUGACAACACCAGUGCCAACGGAAGCGUUGCCAACGCCGGAGAAUACAAUCAAAAUGGAGAAGAAAGAGACUCCAUAUGGCACCUCUGACCAAAAUAGGAUCAGCACAUUAACCAUGGUCAUCAUUUUAACAGUUAUCGUCAAGUGUGUCUUCAUUAGUUUUGCAACACUGGCCGUUUGCUACAGACGCAAGACAACUACCCUUAAGUACGAUCCGCCCUUCUCGAAAAAACCCAUACCCAAGGGCUACGGCGGUGCGGCAACGGCGCCCAACCAUCAUUCCGUCGAGGAGGUAUCCUUGGAUGGCUCCAGCAAAUUGGUGUAUGCCAAUCAGGCCGGAUUCAGGGACAAGAACCUACAUGGACGUCGCUAUACAACGGGUGGUGAGGACGAUCAAUCACAUGCAGAGAAGGGCAUACUGAAGAAGCACGGCUAUGGACUUGUGCACGGCGAGCAGCUGAAAGACAAGUGGUGCGAUGACAGCCAGUCGGACAAUCUAGAGCUGAUCACACAGGACGGCACACAGGCCUCAACGAUUGGUGGUGCGGCUGCCUCAGAGGUGGAGCGUACUUUGAAGUCACUCAACGGCUAUCACGAGGAUAUUUUGGAGGCGCUGCGCAAUGCGGCUUCGCAUCGCGGCACCGGCACUGGCAAUACGCCCGUCGGCAGUGGCAGCCUGAGUGAGGAGAUGUUGCGCAAAACUCUACAGGACUGCAGCAACGCCCAGCUGGGCUACACGGCGGAGACGUACAAACGGGCCAGCGGGUCUAAGUCGAGCUCGCGUGAGAAUAUAUGCGACAGCGCCGCAGCACAUGCCAUUUUGCUGGAUGGCAGUGGUUCCGGGCUCGGUGGCCUGACGCUGGGCCCCGACAUGAGCGGCGUACGAGGUGUGAGUGGUGGUGUGGGCGGUGUUGGCGGCGCUGCGGGCUUGGGGAGUGCAAUCGGUCAUGGCGGUGCGCUCAUGCACCACCAUCGAUCGCAGCAUCAGCUGCAUCAGCCAUCUGGAAUGUCUCUGCAGCAGCAGCCAACGGACGAGGAUGACGCCCCAUCGACUGGGCCGCUGCGUAUACGCAAUCUGGAGGAUCUAAUCAGGCAGCUGGAGCAUCACUCGUCCCGCCACAUGAGUCCCAGUGGCUCCGAGGAUAUACGCAUGUCGGAAACCGAGGCCGAUCGCCACUAUAGAUUAGAUAGUUCCGCUGCUUGUAGUGAGUCCUCGCAAGGCUCGAAUCAGCAAGCAGCUCAAUCUCAGAAAACCGCUACAAUCCACCCGUCUUACAGCAGCCGUUGUCGGCCCCGCUCGGACGAGGACUCGCGCUUUGCCUACGGCGGACGCUACCGCACACAGGCGCCCACUGGCCGCCAUACAACGCAUCAGUCGCACUCUCCGCACGCAUUCGGACACCAUACACACCAUUCGCACGCCCAUGGACAUGCCACACACGGACCCCAUUCAUCGCACCACUCGUCGCACACGCACCUGCACCAGGAUGACGAGGGCAUCUAUGAGAGCGCCGAUCAUCAUGAGCGCGGCGCCCUCGACACGCGACUCGAUCCACAGGAGACGCCCGAAAGUGAAAGUGAUGACUUUAUUCAAGCUCAACAACAGUUAGCCCGGUGGGCGAGUGAGGAUGUGGUAUCCGUCGUGGUAUUGGACCAGCCGCAAUCCGGCACAAUGUCGGAUUCCCAACAAUCCAGCGGCGUCGCGCCCAUGUCGGGAGCUACAACGAACAACGUUAUGCACCAUCAGCAUCCGCACCAGCACCACGGCGAUCAUCAAUCCUCCGCAGCGGCAGCAGCGGCGGCGGCGGCGGCGGCAGCCAACAGCAACUCUAUAAUGGGUAUGGCAGUCGUCCCAAAUGGUAUAAAUGUAAGUCAGAGGGACUAUUACCCCUCGCCACCCUCAACGGAGACGGAAAGCAGUGGAAGUGUUAUCCAACCAGCUACACGCCGCACGUUGCAGUCGCAAUCGGGCGACACGGCGGCCAUCAGUCAACAGCAAUUGCAGCUCCAUCAACUGCAAUUGCAUCAGCAUCAGCAAUAUCAGCAUCAUCAUCAGCAGCCGCAGCAGCCGCAGCAGCAGCAGCUGCAGCUGCAGCCGCAUCAGCAUCAACAACAAUCAGUCGAUACCAGCAGCAGCAACAACAGUCAAUCCGGACAAAUAAUCGAGAAUGGCUGCUACCCGGAAUAUAAGCAUUGACAGUUCAAACACCUCUAGCUUCAGCCCAACCAUGGCAGACUCGUAAGGCAAUUCCGUUUUCUGGCCAAUGUCUAGAUGGCAGGCAACCGUUCAGAGCAGACUUUAUUAGGACUUCAGCAUACAUUAAAUAGAUUUAAAAAAAAAAAAAAAAA